AUGAAUCUACGACAAUCUGGGAAGCGACCCUUUGAGCAGGACACGAGCGAGCCACCUGCCAAAAGGCCUCGUAGAUCCGCAGGGAUGGAGCCAGAUUCCAUUCAGGCGCAGAUUCUCAGACUUUGCCCCCAAGAUCUCGAGGAAGCGCUCGAAAUUGUGAAACUUCUUCGGGAGUCCAGCAAGACUCGCCUAGAUGCGGACGAACAGUGGUAUGAAGAUGGAGGAUACGAAAAAGAGCAGACACAUUUAGCGGCAAGGGAGAGGGAACUUGAGACCAUCGAAAUGGGGAUCAAGAUUAGACAAGGCUUUCAGCAGGCGGAGGAUAAGAGUGCUGAGCUGGAUAGAGAGGAGAGGAAGAUCAGGGUGAAGAGGGAGGAGAUCCGGAGGGAGUUAGAUGGCCUAGCGGCUCAAGCCAGGUCUCUUGAUUUGCCCUACUUGGAGAAGCUCACUGGACACCAUUGUGUUAGGAGCACUAGCAUGGAGCCAGCUAUGGAUAAGGGAUGGGAAGAGGUGGUGCUGGUAGUGGUGGAAGAGUAG